AUGGACAGUCGUGCCGCGGAAAUAAUUCUCAGAGAGAAGGAACUUUUCACAUCCGUUCUUCAGGAGAAUGGAUUACGAGCUUCCAGAAACAUUCAAUUGAUUAACAACUCAUUCGUCCUGGAAGUGUUCUUCAAGAUAACCCAGCUGUAUCACUUCAAAAACUUUAUAUUCUACAUAUCCGAGAAACUAGAUUUAAAGAACAAAGAUGCAACUGAGUUUUUUCACGAUUUCUGGACUUAUUUUCCAUUGGCACCCAACCUGUUUAUAACUCGGGAGCACGAGGAGGCCGUUCCAAUGAUGCAGUUCAUCAGCACUCCUUCGCUGGUGAUGAUAUUCACCACGGGUAAAGACGAUCCCAUAAUGGAGCUGGCUUCUCAGAGUCUCAAAGGAAUUCGCUGGCUCAAGACGAUAUUUAUUCUCUUUCCCACGCUUAAACAUCGUGAUUUAAGUUUAGAGUCGUUCGCGAACUUUUCAGCCGAGAUCAAUGAGAUUUAUGAAUGGAUAUGGAGCAAGCAGUUCAUCAACACUUUACUGGUCACAAUAAGGGAUAAUGUGUUUGUUUUGGAUCCCUAUCCCACACCAUCGGUUGUAAACAUAACAGGCAAUUGGAAAGCCGAGGAUUUCUUCCAUAAAUAUGCAAAAAAUAUGAAGGGUUAUGCCAUAAAGACUCCCAUUCUGUACGAUCUGCCAAGGGUCUUUAAGUCCGACAGACCUACAAACAAUUUCGAAAAGAACUUUGUUCAUGGAACCAGUGGAAAUUUAUUCUUUGGGUUCCUUGAGUUCGUAAACGCCACACUGGUGGACACCACUGCAAACAUGACAGUUGACUACUUGAAUAUUACCAACCUCCUGGAUUUGGUAUCCCAAGGAGUGUACGAAACCCUGAUCCACUCCUUCACCGAAUUGAUAACAAAAUAUGUGGUCGGUUAUAGCUAUCCAAUUGGGAUUAACGACUGUUGCAUAAUGGUUCCCUAUCGACGCCAAUCGCCUGAGGAUCAAUACAUGAGGGAAGCCCUCCAGCAGAGUGUUUGGAUCCUGAUCAUCUUUUUCACCUUCUACAUGACACUGGCCAUCUGGAUAUGUUCCCCCCUGAGACCGCGUGACCUCAGUGCCUCAUUUCUGCAGUCCAUUUGCACUAUAACCUACAGUCCACCCACAUUCAUUAUUUGCACGCCCACGUUGCGUAUGCGCUAUUUGUAUAUUUUACUGGCAUUAAUGGGAAUAGUCACAUCGAAUCUGUACAUUUCCCGGAUGACCAGCUACUUCACCACAGCUCCACCCCAACGGCAAAUAAACACGGUGGAGGACGUGGUGAAUGCCAAUCUGAGGAUCAAAAUGCUGGUUGUGGAACGGGACAGGAUGGCCAAAUCGCCGCUUCAUUAUCCGGAGAGCUAUAUGCGCCAGGUGGAUUUGGUGGACAAGCUGUUUUUGGAUUUGCAUCGGGAGCCAUUUAACACCUCUUAUGGCUACACGGUGAGCAGUGAUCGUUGGAUAUUUUUGGACAUGCAGCAACAUCAUUUGCGAAAGCCCAUCUUCCGGUUAACCGACAUCUGCGAGGGUCCAUUCUAUCACGUAUUUCCCCUGCACAGCGACUCCCAUCUUCGCUCUCCGAUGACCGAGUUUAUAAUGAUCGCCCAGCAGGCGGGACUGAUGAACCACUGGAAACGGGAGGCUUUCCGGGAGGCAGUGCAUCUGGGUCGAAUCAAGGUGCACCGCUUCGACGAGGAGCCAACGGCUCUCAGCCUGGAUUUCUUCUCCAGCCUUUUUCGCACCUGGACCUUUGGAUUGGUGUUAUCUGGUCUGGCUUUUGCUGCGGAGAUGAAGUGGCAUGAGCACGUGACAAUGAAUCGACGACCUGUUGUUGGAUUAACCCGCAAACCUAGGUCAUUUCUAAGGAGAUUUAUGAAGUUAUGA